GCGAUAUUCCGCGGGGAGAAGAUAGCAUAUAAGCCUUCGGUCGUCUCACUCUCCCUUACUCUCACCCCACUCCGCUUCCUACUGACAUGCUCCUCGCUCCCCUCAUCGCCCUCGCCGCCCUUGUCGCCGCCGCCCCGGCGCCCCUCCCAGACCCGAUCCCGGAGGAGGGCAUCCUUCUCUCGCGCCAGGUCUCGCCCUUCAUCUACUGGCGGCACGGUACGGACCGGCGCACGCUCAUGGCGUGUGCCGGCGGCGGGCCGACGGGUACACGCAAUGGCGACCUGAUCCAGAUCGGCAUGAGCUACUUCCGCUACUGCAACCCCUCGUGGAGCGUCACGGGCAAUAUCAACCAGGGCCCGACGCGGUGCAUGGACGCGACACUCUAUCCCGGUAACGGAGUCAAGCCACACAUGUGGCAGUGCUACAACGGUGUGUGGCAGCAGCAGUGGCGGUACCAUGCGGACGGGACGAUCCGGCUCGACGGCCACAACCUCUGCCUGGACGUGACGGACGGCGACCCAACCAAGCCUGUGCAGAUGUGGGAGUGUUUCCCCGGCAACACGAACCAGCAGUGGGAUCUGUGAGUGGCUACAACGGCUGGGUUGCUGG